UUAGUUACUCCAGAAAAGAGUUCUUCCCUCAGAAAUUUGUGGAGACUGUAAGUAGAAAAAUCUGAGCCAAAAGCAAAAUCCAUAGAGCUAAUGAAGAAGAAGCUGCUGGUGAAUAUUAAUAUAGACUUGGAAAAAUUUUCUUUUUCCAUUUUAAUUUACCUAGUUAAGCGUACCCAAAUAUUCCAAUUGAUUUACUUGACGCCAUUGCAAUCCAAUUAUAAUUAUAUAUAUAUUUUAUACAUUUUCAAUCUCCCUCAGAGCCCCCAUCUUUAUAUAUUAAGCUUCUGCUGUGCCCCUUCCUUUCACAACACCAUCAAGAACAUGGAGAAAUUAUUGCCAUUUGGGCUCUCUCUCCUCUUUGCUACUUCCUUCUUCAAUCAAUUUCCCUUUCUAUCUCUUGCUUCAAACAAUGCUUACUCUCGACCUUCUGCUCGCAGUUUGAUUUUUACUCGUCACAACCGAUCCAACUCCGACCCUCAACAGGUGCAUAUUUCGCUAGCAGGAAAAGAUCAUAUGAGAGUAACAUGGAUUACAGAGGAUAAACAUGUUCAGUCUAGUGUGGAAUAUGGAAGGCAGCCGGGGAAAUACAAUAAAGUGGCAACAGGAGAGCAUACUUCUUAUCAUUAUUUCUUUUAUAGCUCACCCAAGGUUCAUCAUGUAAAGAUUGGUCCAUUGGAGCCAGGAACUACCUAUUACUACAGAUGUGGUGGAUAUGGCCCUGAGUUCUCCUUCAAGACUCCUCCUUCUACUUUCCCUAUUGAAUUUGCUGUUGUUGGUGAUUUAGGGCAAACAGAAUGGACUAAAUCAACACUAGAACAUGUGGGAAGUCGCGAUUAUGAUGUAUUUUUGCUACCUGGGGAUUUAUCUUAUGCCGACAGCCAGCAACCGUUGUGGGACUCAUUUGGUCGCCUAGUCGAGCCAUACGCUAGCCAACGCCCGUGGAUGGUCACAGAAGGGAACCAUGAGAUAGAAAUGUUCCCAAUUAUAUACCCACAUGGGUUCAAGGCCUACAAUGCAAGGUGGCGAAUGCCAUAUGAGGAGAGUGGUUCAACCUCAAACUUGUACUACUCAUUUGAAGUUGCUGGUGCUCAUAUUAUAAUGUUAGGAUCCUACACAGAUUUUGAGGCCGAAUCGGCUCAGUACAAGUGGCUUGAAGCUGAUUUGGCUAGAACUGAUAGGAAAAAGACACCGUGGGUUAUUGUGCUGCUGCAUGCUCCAUGGUAUAACUCCAACACUGCACAUCAAGGAGAAGGAGAAAGCAUGAGAAAAGUUAUGGAAGAAUUGUUGUAUAAAGCCAGAGUUGAUGUUGUCUUUUCAGGGCAUGUUCAUGCUUAUGAACGCUUUACUAGGAUUUAUGACAACAAGGCUGAUCCAUGUGGUCCUGUGUACAUAACCAUAGGUGACGGAGGGAAUCGUGAAGGGCUUGCAUUAAUGUUUAAGAAACCUGCUCCUCCUCUUUCAUUGUUUCGCGAACCAAGCUUUGGUCAUGGAAGAUUUCAGAUACUCAACCAGACUCGUGCGCACUGGUCAUGGCAACGCAAUGAUGACUCUAACUCAUCUCAGGCUGAUGAGGUCUGGUUGGAUAGUUUAAGCACAUCUAAAGUAUGUUGGGGAGCUGUCGACAUGGAAGAAGUAUCAUCAUCAUCUGUUAAGGAAGAACUUUAAGCUGGUUUUUCUUGAAGACUGUAGGAUUAAAGUCUUAUCCCUUACUAAUUUGGUCGUAGAAGUUAGUUUAAAUUCUUUAUUUUCUCCAUUUUAUGUGACAUUUACUUGCAAGCCCCCCUUUUUUUUUUCUUUCUUAUUUUGUGGCAUCUUAUUCUAAAAGUUGUUUUUAGUAAAUAGAAUGAGGAAUCCAAGGGAGAAGUUCUUGGAUAGUAUAAUUCAGUUAUCUUGUGGAUUGAUCACCGAUAUGGAGCUAUAUAAAAACAUGACUUGUAGAAUUAAAGUGUUAGUUUAUGAUU